AUGGUAGGAAGGUAUGGGGGGGAGGGAGUUUGGGGUGGUGAAGGAGAUGUGGGUGUGUGUGGGGUGAGAGUGGAGGAUGGGAUGUUUGUGGGGGGGUUGGUUGAUUUGGGGGUGUUUGUGGGGGGGGGGGGGGGUGGGGGGGAGGGUUUUUUUGUGGAUGUGGGGGGUGUUUUAAUUGGGUGUUGUUGGUGGUGUUUGUGGGGGGGGGGGGGGGUGGGGGGGUGUUUUUUGGUGAGGGGUUGGGGUGAUUUUUUGGUUGUUGGGGUUUAUUGGGUGGAGGGGUGUGGGGGUUUUUUGGGUUGGUUGGUGUGUGUGGGGUUUUUUUGGUGGUGGGUUUGGGGGGGGGGGGUUUGGUGUUGGUUGUGGUGGGGUGGUUUGGGGGUUUUUGGGUGGGGUGGUUUGUGGGGUGGGUGGUGGGGGGGGGGAGGGGGGUGGGGGGGGUGUGUGUUGGUGGGGGUUUGGGUGUGGGGUGUUUUGGUGUGGGGGGUUGGGUUUUGUUUUUGGGGUGUGGGGGGUUGUGGGGUGGGGGGGGUGGGGGGGGGGUUUGGUGGGGUGUGGGGGGUGUGUGGUGGUGGUUGGGGGUGGGGGGGGUGGGGGUGGUGUGUGUGGUGGGGGGGGGGUGGGUGGGUUGGGGUUGUGGGGGGGGGUGGGUGGGGUGGUUUUUUUGGUGGUUUUUGUUUGGGGGGGGUUGGGGGGUGUGUUGGGUUUUGGGGGGGGUUUGGGGGGGUGGGUGUUUUUGUGGUUGGUUGGUGUAUGGGUGUGUGUUUGGGGGGGUUGUUUUUUGAUUUGGGUUGGGUGUUUGUGUUGGUGUUGGUUGUGUUGUUUGUGGGAAGGGUUUGUUGGGGUUUGUUGAUUGUGUUGGUGGUGUGGUGUGGUUGUGUAUUUGUUUUGGGGGGGGGGGGUUUGGGUGUUUUGGUGUUUGAUUUUGGUGUUUGUUGUGGUGUUUUUGGGUUUUUUUGUGGGUGGGUUGGGAUGGGUGUGGAGGGGGUAUGUGGUGGGGGGGGGGUGUUUGUUGGGGGUUGGGGGGUGGGUGGUAGGGGUGUUGGGAUUGAUGUGGGUAUGGGGGGGGGGGGGGGGGGGGGGGGGGGGGGGGGGGGGGGGGGGGGGGGAUGGUGGUGGUGGAGUUAUUGGGGGGGGGGGUUGGAGUUGAGGGGAGGGGGGUGA